AUGGGUUUAAAUACAUUUAAUUGUCCAAAUGCAGCUCCAGUUUAGUUUAGAAAAAAAUAUUAUGGAAUAUUUGAUUAAGAUACUUUAUCUAAAUCACCUGGUGCAAAUGUAGGUUAUUUUAAAUUUGAUACUCCUAUUCCUCAUUAUGAAAGAGAGGUGAAUAUAGAUUUUGUUUAUCUUAGAGGUAACGGCAAUAACCAAAUAACAAUUUAGUUAGAUGGAAUUACUAAAAGUUAAUUUGGAAUAGAUAAAAAUUAAUUUUAAGUUACUAAAUUGUGCGAUAAUUAAUACAAUCUUUUCAACAUGUUGGCAUAUAAAGAAUUUGAAUAAUAUUUAAAAUAUAGACAAAAGUAUGCAAUGAAUGGGAAUUAAAUCAUUAUACGUGUUAGUGAAACAGAUUAUUGGUCUAAUUUUAGAGCCUUAUUAACUAGCUCAAUUUAAGUAAAUAUAAAUACUUGCCAUCCUUCUUGCUUGACAUGCACUGAUUCAAAAGAAAAUUCAUGUAUAACAUGUACCUCUUAAGCUACUUUAAAAAAUGGUAAAUGCACCUGUAAUUCAGCAUUCCUUUUUUAGGAUGGAUAAUGCGUUCCUACUUGUGACUAAACAAAACAAUACUUCAAAAAAUAAGAAAAAGAUAUUAUAUGCACUUAUAUCAAAAAUUGCCUUUCAUGGGAUAUCACAAAUUAAAAGUGCUUAUAAUGCUAAAAUCCUAUGCUCUCUUAAUAAGAUAAGUGUGUCAGUAGUUGUUCUAGUGGAUUUGAACCUGUAUUAAAUAAAAAAACCAAACUUACAGAAUGCCUUUUAAUUGAUAGAUAUCUAAAUGUAUCAUUUUAACUAUUCGCUUUUCAUUCAAAUGAAUUCUCAGGCAUAGAAGCUGCGAGCAUAAGUGGGUUAUCUCCUUAUUAAUUUGUUACUUAAUAUGACUUAGGCUCUAUAGUCUCAAAAUGCGGAAAUCAAUAAUUAUAUGAUUUUCCAAAAAAUACAGAUUCUUAAAUUCUAAUUACUCUCAAUAAUUAAAAAUAAAAUAUUACAUUAACUUAAUCUCAACUUUCUUAAGCAACUGAUAUUUGUGGAUUUGAAGGUUUGGAAGUUUUUGGAACUUUUUCUCUCUAUGCUAUUUCUAAUUCUUAAAAUAAUACUUUAAAUAUUUUGAAUUAAAAUAGUAAUGCUUAUUUUGGAGUUAGAGAAAUAUCUAUAUAUACUUUUGAUUGCUUAUAAAACAAUUGCAAGAACUGCACUUUAAAUAACUUAGAGACCACUUGCUAAACAUGUGUAGUAGGAUACUACCUAUAAUCAAAUACUUGCAUUUAAUGUAACCCUACCUGCUAUGAUUGUUAAAAUUCAUCAUCUUGUAUUUCGUGCCUUCCUAUUUAAGGAUUAACUCUUAACAAAAGUAAUUAAUGCGUUUGCUAAGAAUAUUAUUUUUUUGAUUCAGUUAACACUGUUUGCUCUGCUUGUAAAAAUCAAAAAUGUUUAACUUGCUAAGAAAAUGAUUCUACUUAAUGUAUUUCAUGCAAACCUCCUUUAGCUCUUCUUGCUACAGAUUGUGUUGAAAGCUGUGGAACAGGGAUGGCUGUAAACUAAAGUUCAAAUAAAUGCUAAAAUUGCAUUUAGAAUUGUUCUAAUUGCGAUAAUAAUCUUUUAUCUUGUAAUAAAUGUUAGAAUGGCUUCUUUUUUUUGAGCGAUUAAUGUUAACAAAAUUGUCCUGAUGGUUAUUAUGGUGACGUGUAGAAUGCUAUUUGUAUUCCUUGCUCACAAUCUGAAUGUGUAAAUUGUGUUUUCUCAAAAGAUAUUUGUACUAAAUGCUAAAAUAAUUUCUUAGUAGAUAUAAAUUCAAGCAAAUGUAUAUCUAAUUGUUCUUUUAAUUAAUAUGCUGAUUAAGGAUAUUGCAAAAAUUGCUCUUAAUUAUACUAAAAUUGUGCUUCUUGUGACAUAACUAAAUGCACUAAAUGUAUUGAUAAUUUUGUACUUAGUGUAGAUUAAAAAUUAUGUCUUAAUCAGUGUCCAAUAGAAACAGUUCAAGUAAAUUAAUAGUGUAUUUAAUGUAAAGCUAACUGCAAUUUGUGUGAUUCAAAUUUAGUUUGCUAAUAGUGUAGUACUGGAUUUUAUUUAUAUUAAGGAUAAUGUAGUUAGACAUGUCUGCCACAAUAUUAUCCAGAUUAAUAUAAUAAGUGCUAGCCAUGCUCAAAUUUAUUUAUGAACUGUUCAACUUGUUCAUCUAAAUAGUGUUUAACUUGUGAUGUUAAUAGUAAUUAUAAAUACCUUGAUGUUAAUUAAAAGUAAUGCGUUGAAAAUUGUGAAAUAGGAUAGUUUCUGGAUUCAAAGAAUCAAUGUCAAAAAUGUUAAAAUAUUUAAUGUGCAACUUGUAACUAAUCUAAUUCUAGCAUAUGUCUUAGUUGUGAUCCAAGCAAUUCUAGUGGAAAUAUAUUUUUAGAUUAAAGUGGAAAUUGUGUAAAGUAAUGUCUUUUUGGAUUCUUUGCAGAUUUAAAUAAUGUGUGCUAAGAUUGUAAAUAAUAUGAUACAAAUUGUAUUUUAUGUAACUCUAAAAUAUGCCUUUAAUGCAAAGAUAGCUUUUGCCUUCAAAUAGAUAAUACUUUGCAAUCUUCAUGUAAAGCAUCAAAUCCUAAUUGCAAUUAAAAUAAUUGUCCAAAUUAUUGCUUAGCAUGCUAAAAUGAUAUAUGUUUAGCUUGUUCAUAAAAUUUCUUUUUGCUAAAUGGAUAAUGUGUUAGAGAAUGUACUGGACCAUAGUAUUAUGCUAAUUAUUAAUAAUAAACUUGUGAUUCGUGUUCUUAAAAGUUUGGAUAAGAUUGCCUUGAGUGUAACUAAAAUUCUUGUAUUAAAUGCAACUAACCUAACCAAUAUAUCUUCAAAAGUCAAUGUAAAAAUAGCUGCGGCGAUGGAUACUAUGUAGAUAAUAAUAAUUUUUGUUAACCUUGUUCGAAUAAUAAUUGUCUAAGUUGUAAUCCAUUAAAUCCUAUUUAAUGCUAAACAUGCCCAAAUUCUAAAUCUUUACUUUAAAAUGGGGAUUGUGUAAGUUAAUGUAGUUAAGGAUACUACUAGAAUUUAGAUUAAUGUUCAGCAUGCUCAAGUAAUUGUUCUAUUUGUAAUUCUAGCUAAUGCUUAAUGUGCAAAUAAAAUUAUAAAUUAGAUGUCACAUAGUAAAAUUGUAUUAAUACAGCAUGCCCUCCUGGUUAAUAUUAAGGUCAAAAUUAUUUUGGAAGUGAUGCAUGUUUAGAUUGCUCAAAAUUAUUUGAUAACUGUAUUGAAUGUACUUCAAAUUAAUGCUAAAAAUGCAAUUCUUAAAAAAUACUAAAUUCUUCUAAUAAUACUUGUAUUGACUCUUGUCCAGAUAACUAUUACGCAGAGAAUAAUGUUUGUAAAUAGUGUACAAAUCCAUAGUGCAAAACAUGUAGCACCUCUGUUUGUAAUUCUUGCUUUUUAAAUGGCUAAAAUCCUUAUCUGAAUGAAUAAGGAAACUGUGUUAGUAAGUGCAAAAGUACUGAGUAUUUAGAUGAAAAAAAUUUAAAAUGUAUAUCGUGUUCAUCAAAGUAUGGUUCAUCUUGCUUGUCAUGUAAUUCUCAAGCAUGUAUAAAAUGUGAUAAAAACUAAUUUAUAAGCGAUAUAAAUAAUAAUUCGUGUGUCUCUACAUGCCCGUCAGGGUAAUAUGGAAAUACUACAACAAAUUUAUGCUAAAAUUGUGAAAAUUCAAGAUGUAGUACAUGCAAUUAGUAACCAAAUUUAUGUGAUAAAUGUAUAAAUUAAUACCCUUAUUUAUUUUAAGGUUAAUGCUUAUCUUAAUGCCAAGAAGGAUAUUUCCCAGAUUAAGAUAAUAAUUGUUAAAGUUGUAUUUCUAAAUAUGACAUUAAUUGUGCUUUAUGUGAUUUAAAAUAAUGUAAUUCUUGCUCGCCAAGUUCUAAUCUAUUUUUAUUGAAUAAUAGUUGUGUUAGUACUUGUCCAGAUUUUUAUUAUCCCUUCUAAUAAGAUAUAAAGAUUUGCAAAUAAUGCUAAGAUUCUAAUUGCAAAUAGUGUAAUAUCUCAGAUCCAUCGAAAUGUUUAAGCUGUUCAGGUUCAUAUUUACUAAAUGAAUAAUGCAAUAAAAUUUGUCCUUAUGGAACAUUCCCUAAUUAAAUAGACAACACUUGUACAUAUUGUUACAGUAAAUUUAGUAGCUGCUAGGAAUGCACUGAAAAGAAUUGUAUUUCUUGUUUAGAAAAUUUAUUUAUGUUGGAAGAUACUUAAUAAUGCGUUUAAAGUUGUCCAGCUAACUAUAUUGAUUCAUCUUUAAUAAAUAAUAAUCCAAAUUCAAAUUUAAUUUCUAAUUCGAUAAACAAAAAAGUUUGCAAGAGAUGUGCUAACUAAAAUUGUAAUACUUGCGAUCCUAAAGAUACAAAUAAAUGUUUAAGUUGCUCUUAAAGCUUGGAAAACUCUCCAUUAAUUUAUUUAUAUAAUAAGGAUUGCAUAUAGAAAUGUGAUUUUUAUGUGAAUCUAGCUACAAAUGAGUGUUUUGAUUCUUGUCCAAAUUAUUUGCUGUAAAUAGAAAACCCAAAGUAAUGCCAAGAGUGUCCUUAAUUUAUUUAAAGCAAAGCAUGUGUUAAAUAAUGCACUUCAAAUACUUACAUAGAUUAAACCCACUCGAAGUUAUGUGUGGUGUGCUAAGAUUAAUAUGAUAAUAACUGUAUCUUAUGUAAUUCUUCUAAAUGCUUAAAAUGCUCUUAAGGUUUUUAUCUAUAUCAGAACAAAUGCUACAGCUAAUGUCCUGAAAAUACAUACUUUGAUAAAGAAAACUAUAUUUGUUUAGAUAAGUGUAUUGAUCCUUUAGUUUUAAUCAGUCCUAAACAAUGUAGUAAGAACUGCCCUUCUGGAUAUUACAAAGAACCAAUUAAUUCACAAAAUCAAAUAAUUUGUGGUUUAUGUGACAAAAAAUGCAAAGAGUGCUUCAAAAAAAGCUCAUUUUGCACUGUAUGUUCCUAAGGGAGUGGAUGGGAUUGUUUAGAUAAAGAGGAUUUUGAUACAUUUUUAAAGAAUCAGUAUUGUGAAUAUCUAAAGGAAGAAAGCUAAAUUGAAAAAUGUAGCAAAAUAGUAACAGAAAAAGAUAGAUUUAUUAGCUAUAUAAAUGGCAAUUAAGACAUGGGCAUCAUUAAAUUCAACUGCCCAAAUUCAAAUUCAGUUUAGUUUAAAAAGUAAUUCUAUGGAAAUCCUCUUGGAUCAACAGAUACUUAUAAUUUUAAAUUUGAAACUAAUAUUCCUCAUUUUGAAAGAGAAGUUAAUAUAGACUUUAUUUUUUUCAGAGGUGAUGGUGACAAUUAAAUAACAGUUUACUUGGAUGGAGUAAAAAAAAAUAAAUUUGAAAUAUAUUAUCCUUUCUAAUUAAAAGAAUUAUGUGAUUCAUCAAUGAAAUGGCUCAAAAAAGCUUAUAAAGAAUUCGAAUAGAUAUUAAAAUGUAAUUUUAUAUUAUUUUAAUAUAAUAAAAUAAAUUCAUAAUAAAAAAUAUUUUUUAUUCACAAAAUAAAUAAUUAAAUAUCCAUUCAAUAGAAAAAAUAUUUAUAAAAUUGA